AUGGCAGGAAGCGGAAUAUUUACCACUGGGCCGUACCAUAUCCUUGCAUAUGGUACGCUUCUCGGCACCACCUUUUGGCAUUUCGCCGCCGUUCAGUCUCGACUAUUCCCCAUCUACUUCACCGUCCAAACGGCUGCCCCGGUCAUCCUCGCCGCGACGUAUCCCAGAAACGAAGGAGGUUCACUCGGCCUCAGCGGCGUUCUUGACCCAGCCAACCGGUGGUCAGUGCUGAGCCCCAUUGCCGCUAUCUUCGCUUCAGCGCUCCUGAACUUUGUCGUUCUCCUCCCUGCCACGAUCAAGGUCAUGGUGAAGCGAAGAGACCAAGAGAAAAAGGAUGGCAAGAAGUCGUGGGAGCCGGCACCCCACUCUCAAGAGAUGAUUGCGCUGAACAAGCAGUUUGGCAAGCUUCAUGGCAUCUCCUCCCUCCUCAACUUGACCACCUUCAUUGGCACCAUUACGAAUGCCGAUCCGGUCGCCUCCGGGAGCGGUGACUCAACCGCCAUCAAUGAAUUCUUGGACAAAUUCGAUGUGUUCCUCUUCGAUUGCGAUGGCGUUCUAUGGUCGGGCGACCACGUCUUCGAGGGUAUCCCCGAGACCUUGAGCCUCCUCCGAUCAAAGGUCGUCUUCGUGACCAACAACUCCACCAAAUCCCGCCAAGACUACGUCAAGAAGCUCACCGACCUCGGCAUCGACGCCCAAGUCGACGACGUUUUCGGCUCGUCCUACUCCUCCGCCGUGUACAUCGCUCGCAUCCUCGAGCUCCCCGCCGGCAAGCCCAAGGUCUUCGUCGUCGGCGAAGCCGGCAUCGAGACGGAGCUGCGCGCCGAAAACGUCCCCUUUAUCGGCGGCACCGAUCCCGCCCUGCGCCGCGACAUCACCCCCGACGACUACCGCGGCCUCGCCGACGGCUCCCUCCUCGAUCCCGAGGUCGGCGCCGUGCUCGUCGGCCUCGAUUUUCACAUCAACUACCUCAAGAUGGCCACCGCCUUCCAGUACCUCCGUCGCGGCGCCGCCUUCCUCGCUACCAACCGCGACAGCACCCUGCCCAAUAGCCACUCCUUCUUCCCCGGCGCCGGCGCCAUCUCUAUCCCCUUUGUCCACAUGCUCGGCGGCGUUGAGCCCACCAGCUUUGGCAAGCCUAGCCAAGCCAUGAUGGAUGCUAUCGAGGGCAAGUUCAAGCUCGAUCGCUCGAGGACCUGCAUGGUUGGUGACCGCCUCAACACCGACAUCCAGUUCGGUAUCGAAGGCCGGCUUGGCGGUACUCUUGCCGUGCUGACGGGCGUCAAUAAGAAGGAGGACUGGGAGAUGGAGGGGCCACCGUCGUUCCCCACUACUAUGUAG